UGAUUCCGGGUGAACUGUGCCUACGCGCAGUCUGCCGCGGUCCCUUGGUUAGGCUACACCUAUUCAUUCAUAGAUGCAGUGAGAUUUGCAUGUCUACAAAAUGAAUGUAAACGGUCAUUCGUUUCUUAGUAAAGUGUUUAAUAUAGUAAAAGAGGAGUUGGGAGCAGAUGCGCCGCUUAUCAAGUUUGAGCACCCAAAGGAUUUGGAGAAAAUUCUUCAGCUAGACAUAUCGGAGGCUACAGACGAGAAGACCUUAGAGCAAUGUGUGCGGCAAGUGUUGCAAUACAGCGUCAAGACCAACAAGCCCGCCUUCCGUAACCAGCUGUUCGGGGCCACUGAUCCUUACGGGCUCUCUGCUGCUUGGAUCACAGAGGCUUUCAACACCAGCCAGUAUACAUUCGAAGUAGCGCCCGCAUUCACUCUCAUCGAGAACAAAGUCCUGAGCCACGUCCUGAAGCUCUUCGGCAUCCCCGAUGGCGACGGCAUCUUCAGCCCUGGGGGCAGCCUGUCGAUGCUGUACGGCAUCGUCGCAGCCCGGUUCAGGGCCUUCCCGCAAGUCAAGACAAAGGGCAUGUGGGGUCUGCCUCAGAUGGUGUUGUACACUUCUGAAGAUAGUCACUAUUCAAUAAAGAAAGCCGCGCACUGGCUUGGCUUCGGUACCGACAGCAUACGUACCAUACAGACCAACGCCAACGGCCGAAUGGUACCAGAAGAGCUGGAAGCGGCCAUUCUCAGAGACAAGAAGGCUGGACUACACCCCUUGAUGGUGAAUGCCACUGCUGGGACCACUGUGCUGGGAGCUAUCGACCCUUUGUCGGUCAUUGCUGACAUUUGCAAGAAAUACGCCGUUUGGAUGCACGUUGAUGCUUGCUGGGGCGGGAGUUUGAUAUUGUCUCGGAAACACAAAAUAAAGCUGAAUGGCAUUGAACGAGCAAACUCCAUAUCGUGGAACCCCCACAAGAUGGCAGGAGCGCCGCUCCAAUGCUCCCUGUUCCUGGUGCGCGAGAAGGGCCUCCUCCACGAAGCCAACUCAGCCGCAGCGCAGUACCUCUUCCAGCAGGACAAGUUCUAUGACGUCAACUACGAUACCGGGGACAAGAGCAUACAGUGUGGACGUAAGAUCGACGCUUUCAAAAUAUGGAUGAUGUGGAAGGCGCGCGGGGAUGCCGGGCUCAACCAACUCGCCGACCGUACUAUGCAGAUCGCUCAGUUCUGCCUCGACACCGUAGCGAGUCGGCCUGGCUUUAAGCUGGUGGUAGACCAGUUGCAGUGCCCCAAUGUGUGCUUCUGGUACAUUCCCAAACGGUACAGAGAAGACAAGGAAGAUGAGGAGUGGUGGGAGAGGAUGCAUAAGAUUACUCCGAAAAUCAAAGAGAGCCUAACGAGAAACUCCCUGCUAAUUAUAUCAUACUCUCCCCUGCGUGAGCACAAGAACUUCUUCCGCCUGGCCGUCACCUUCCACCCGGUGCUUGAGGAAGCCCAGGUCCUAAAGAUGUUAGCGGAUAUUGAACAAGCGGGGGAGGAAAUCACAUUAGAUUGUUAGUAGAUUUAACAUAAACUUAAAGAACUCCCCGUUGUUAAAAUACUCUCCCCUGCGUGAGCUCUAGAAUUUCUCCCGCCUGGCUGUAACUUUCCACUCGGUGCUCGAAGAAGCACAGGUUCUGAAGAU